AUGCUCGACUUCUUCUCGAUCGCAACAAAGGGCGGCCUCGUCCUCUGGUCAAAGGCAUACGGCCCCGCCCAAUCCUCUCCCAUCAACAACCUCAUCCAGGAUAUCCUCAUCGAAGAACGCUCAUCAACCCAAAUCUACCUCAAGGACAACUACGCCAUCAAGUGGACCUUUGUCAACGACCUCGACCUCAUCUUCAUCGCCGUGUACCCAAAGUCAUUGGGAUUGACAUAUAUCGACACGCUUCUUCAGGCUGCCAGCACUCAGUUCAGCGAUCGCUAUGGUGACAGGAUAUUGCGGAAAUCAGGCGGGAUUCCCCAGUUGAAGGACUGGGGUGUUCAGUUCGAGGCGCUCUUGCAGACCGUCGAGGAUCAGGAUGCUUUGUCCAAGAAAACAAAGCAGCCUCGCAAGUUUGAACAGACGGUUGGAUACUCAAACUCAUUAGCUUAUGCCAAGGCCAAGCCAGACGACAUCAAGGACACGAGCAAGCCACUGGUGGACGAGGACGAGUUUCUCAGGAAUAUCGAAAUGCUCAAGAAAAAGUCGGCUUCACCCAGGAUUGGCGUGCGGAAAGGGCGUGGCGCCAAGUCGCCCGCUGCAUCUCCAAUCAUCGGAUCGGACGACAGCAAGAAGAAGGCCAAGGAGGGGCGAAAGUGGGACGGUAAAAUCUCGGCCAAGGAUGCCAAGAGUCUGGACUAUAGCAACUCUGAUGCCAUCGAUGUUGUCAACGCUGACCAUUUGGUCGAUCAAAGCAAAUUGGGACAGCAUGGCAAGGAUGGCACAUACAAUGUUGCAGAUCUGGAGGCAAGCGACGAGGACGAGAGCUACAGCGAUGACGAGUCAGAGGAGGAAUACACCAAGAUCUCUGCUCGGUCACUGCAGGCAAAGAAACCCGCUGCUGCUUCAAAUGGACUAUUGUCGUUCUUUAAAAACAUGACGGGACAGAAGGAGAUGACUGCUGAGACUUUGGAGCCGAUCAUGACCAAGAUGAAGGAGCACUUGAUCAACAAGAACGUCGCCGCCGACAUUGCACAGCAUCUCUGUGACUCUGUCGCCAAGGGACUCGUUGGCCAAACCCUUGGCAACUUCAAGAGCGUACAGGCACACGUGAAGCAGAGCAUGGAGACGGCAUUGAAGCGCAUUUUGACGCCCAAGACGUCGGUUGAUCUGUUGCGCGACAUUGCACAGGCCCAGGCGGAGAACCGACCUUACACAAUUGUCUUUAUCGGUGUCAACGGCGUUGGCAAGUCGACCAACCUCUCCAAGACAGCCUUCUGGCUUUUGCAGAACAAUCUCAAAGUCCUAAUUGCAGCCUGUGAUACUUUCCGUUCGGGAGCCGUUGAGCAACUUCGUGUCCACGUCAGGAACUUGAAGGCUCUGGAGCAGAAUGCGGUGAUUGACCUCUACGAGAAGGGAUAUGGCAAGGAUUCUGCAUCAAUCGCCAAGGAAGCCAUCUCCUCCGCCAGGUUGACUGGUCACGAUGUUGUCCUCAUUGACACUGCUGGACGUAUGCAGGACAACGACCCCUUGAUGCGUGCCCUCGCCAAGUUGGUAACGGUGAACAACCCGGACAAGAUCAUCUUUGUGGGAGAGGCGUUGGUUGGUAACGAGGCUGUGGAUCAGUUGACAAAGUUCAAUGCGGCACUGAAGGAUUACUCGGGACUCGCGAACCCUCGCCACAUUGACGGCAUGAUUCUGACCAAGUUUGACACGAUUGACGACAAGGUCGGAGCAGCCCUGUCGAUGACCUACACGACAGGACAACCCAUCCUAUUUGUCGGAACAGGACAGACGUACACGGAUCUCAAGAACAUGAAAGUCAGUCAUGUUGUUGCGUCUCUCCUCAGGGAAUAA